AUGGUGGAAGGCAGUCUUUUGUCUGAGAGUUGUCCGGGUUUCAGGCAGGCUCCAGAGAAUUCCCAGCAGCACAGAUGUCUGCUCCCGGCUCCUCUUCAACCCAUCCACCCAACUCUGCAGGCCUUGUUCUCAAAGGCAGUUCCCGGUGCAGGUAUCACGGCAGCAGCACAGAUGAAAAUGGCACCGUCCCUAGACUUCCCUCUGCCCCACUUCCUUGUCUGCAUCAUCUUGGUCCAGCUGCUCACCUCUUGCUCAGCUCAGUUUGCUGUGAUUGGACCCCCUGGGCCCAUCCUGGCCAUGGUGGGUGAAGACGCUGAGCUGCCCUGUCACCUGUCGCCGAAGAUGAGCGCAGAGAACAUGGAACUGAAGUGGGUGAGAUCCAGCCUCAGGCAGGUAGUUUUCAUGUAUGCACAUGGCAAGGAAGUAGAAGACAGACAGACAGCAGAGUAUCGAGGGAGAACUGAGUUUUUAAGAGAUGGCAUCACUGCAGGGAAGGCUGCUCUCCGAAUUCACAGCGUCAGAGCCUCUGACACUGGAAACUACCUGUGUUAUUUCCAAGAUGGCAACUUCUACGAAAAAGCCUUGGUAGAGCUGAAAGUUGCAGCUCUGGGCUCGGAUCUUCACAUUGAAAUGAAGGGCCAUGAGGGUGAAGGGAUCCACCUGGGGUGCACAUCCACGGGCUGGUAUCCCCAGCCCCAAAUACAGUGGAGAGAUGCCAAGGGCCAGAACAUGCCAGCUGUGGCAGCACCUCCAGCUACAGAUGGAGCGGGCCUGUAUGCAGUCACAUCAUCUCUAAUGGUGAAAAGCAGCUCUGGAGAAGGGGUGUCCUGUAUCAUCAGAAAUCCCCUCCUCAACCAGGAAAAGACAGCCCAGAUUUCCAUUGCAGAUCCCUUCUUCAGAAGGGCCCAGCGCUGGAUCGCUGUCUUCGCGGGGACGCUGCCUGUCUGUCUGCUGCUCCUCGCAGGGGCUGGUUACUUCCUGUGGCUACAGAGGAAAGAAAAGGAGGCUCUAUUCAUGGAGAAAGAGAGAGCAGAAGAGGAAAAAGAAACAGCACAAGCAGAAAAAGAGCAGGAACAAAGAAUAAAAGAGACACUCGAGUACGAACUCAAGUGGAGAAAGAUCCAGUACAUGGCUCGUGGGGAGAAGUCUCAGGCCUAUCCUGAGUGGAAGAAGGCCCUCUUCCAAGCUGCGGAUGUGAUAUUGGAUCCGAGCACAGCAAACCCCAUCCUGCUUGUUUCUGAUGACCAGAGGAGCUUGCAGCGAGCAGACAAACGACAGAAUCUGCCAGACAACCCCAAGAGAUUUGAUUGGCAUUACUGUGUGCUUGGCUGCAAGAGCUUCACGUCAGGGAGACACUACUGGGAGGUAGAGGUUGGGGACAGAAAAGAGUGGCACGUCGGGGUGUGCAGGGAGAACGUGGAGAGAAAAUGUUGGAUUAAAAUGACACCCGAGAAUGGCUUCUGGACUAUGGGGCUGUCUGAUGGGAAUGACUAUCGGGCUCUCACUGACCCCCGGACCAAACUGACAAUUGCCAACCCUCCUCAAAAAGUAGGGAUUUUCUUGGACUACGAGACUGGUGAGGUCUCCUUCUACAACGUCGCGGAUGGAUCUCAUGUGUACACCUUCCCACACACCUCCUUCUCUGGGCCUCUGUGGCCUGUUUUCAGGAUUUUGACCUUGGAGCCCACUGCCUUGACCAUCUGCCCAGCAUUGACAGGAGUGGGGAGUUCCGGUGUUCCUGACCUAGAACCUGACCUUUCUCUGAAGACCCCAGUGGCCCUGGGCUCAGCUGAUGAGAAUGGGAAGCCUCAGGCUGAAGUAACGUCCUUGCUUCUCCCUGCCCAGCCUGAAGCUGAGGGCCUCUUCCCUACCAGCAACACAUCACAACCGUAA